GGCGAGCGGAGCGGCAUGGCGGGGCGGCUGCGCGGGGCGGCCUGUGCCGCCUGCCUGGGGCUGUGCGGGGCCGCGCUGGCCCUGCUGGCCGUGGUGCUGGGGCGGGCCUACGUCCUCCGCCCGCCGCCGAGCCCGCCGCUCGGGGGGCGGCGGGCCGCGCUGGGCUUCGAGCUCAGCGCCCGCGACAGGCAGGAGCUGAAGGAGGCGCUGAGAGGUGCCAUCAAAAUUCAAACAGUUUCCUUCUCUCCAGAAGACCAAAAUACAACAGCCUUGGCAGAAUUUGGGAAUUAUAUUCAAAAAGUCUUUCCUGCUGUAUUUUCUACCAAGUUCAUUCAACAUGAGAUCAUUGGGGGAUACAGCCAUCUCUUCACUGUCCAGGGUUCUGACCCCCAGCUCAUGCCCUACAUGCUGCUUGCACACAUGGAUGUAGUCCCAGCUUCUCAAGAGGGGUGGCAUGUCCCUCCUUUCUCUGCUAAGGAACUUGACGGUUUCAUCUAUGGACGAGGAACAGUGGACAACAAAAAUUCUGCUAUAGGUAUUCUGCAAGCUCUAGAAUUCCUGCUGAGAAGAGACUACAGACCUCGCAGGUCUUUCUAUAUCGGCAUUGGACAUGACGAAGAGGUAUCAGGUCGUAAGGGAGCAAUGAAGAUUGCAGCUCUGCUGGAAGCUAGAGGAGUGAAGCUUUCUUUCCUGCUAGAUGAGGGAAGCGUUAUCUUAGAUGGGUUCUUGGAGGGAAUAAAGAAGCCAGUAGCAGUAAUAGCUAUCACAGAGAAGGGUGCAAUUACAGCGAACUUCAGCGUGGAAAAAGAGCAAGGUCAUUCCUCUGCCCCUUCUAAGGAGACGAGUAUUGGUAUUCUUGCAGCAGCGUUGUCCAGGUUGGAGCAGAAUCCCAUGCCCAAUCUGUUUGGCCAUGGGCCAGAAAUUAUGAUUCUUGAGCACUUGGCUUCAGAGUUCCGUUUUCCUCUCAAUAUCAUCAUGACCAACCUGUGGCUGUUCUCACCUAUCAUCAGCAGAAUUUUCGAGCAGAAGCCGUCCACUAAUGCCUUGAUUCGGACCACCACAGCAAUCACCAUGUUUAAUGCAGGAAUCAAGUCCAAUGUCAUCCCACCUUCCGCAAAAGCAACUGUGAAUUUUCGGAUCCACCCAUCACAAAAGGUUGAAGAGGUGCUAGAGAUAGUCAAAAACACUAUUGCUGAUGACAGAGUAAAGAUACACCUACAGGAAGCCUUUGACCCACUCCCUAUCAGCCCCUGGGAUAAUCAUGCCUUUGGAGUCCAGAUUUUCCGAAGAACCCUACUGGAUGUUUUCCCCGAUGUCAGCAACAUAGCUCCAGGUAUUUGUAUUGGAAACACAGACAGCCGGCACUUCACUAAGCUCACAGAUGCCAUUUAUCGAUUUAACCCACUGGUCUUUAAACCGGACGAUUUACCCAGAGUCCAUGGGUUGAAUGAGAGGAUCUCAAUUGAGGGCUAUGAGAAACAAGUGGAGUUUCUUUACCAGCUGAUUCAGAACUCUGAUAUCAACAAGCUCCCAGAGCCUCAUGCAAACUCCCACGAGCUGUGAGACAAAAGAAAUGGGGAGAGGAGCAGCUAUCAAGGUGAAUCAUGGGAUGGCAGCAACUUGGGGUAUACAAAGCAGCUACUUAUUGACAUUGCAUUUUGUUCUGGAACUAGGUUAUUGCGGAUGGUAAUUUGCAUAGAGAUGAAAAGCAAUGAGGCUGCUGUCAGCAGAUACAAAGCCUGCCAAAAAGUAAAGGGAAACUUGAAAUGGCAGAAGAGAAUUGGAUCAAUAGAAAAAACCUCUGAUCUCCACACCACCUCAUCUCCCUACCUUCACCUGCAGCCAUUAGACACAUACUAACAUUAAAGGGAAAUGCUGUGGGAUGGAGCUUGGGGAAGGGAAUGUUAAGGAGACAACGAACAAGCACAACAUAGAAAAACUGGUGGAAAUGGCCAGAAAAGAGAGAUUUAUUUUCUGGAAAUAUCCAUCUCCUUUCAUAACCCCACUCCUUUAUUGUACCACGAAAUUCACCCCUGUGGAAAGGGCCAGUGCAAGGCCUAGGCACUACCCAGGUCCUGUCUGGAAGGCUUAAGUCCCACUAAAGUAGGAAUUUAAUUAGGAUUUAAGUGGUGCCUACACCUUGUCCCAGCCCUCUACACGGGCGAAUUUCAUCCAAAUGGAUCAUUAUUUGUAUUCCCAAAACACUGAAGCACUGAUCUGCAAGGUGCUGAGCUGAGGUCAGUGGAAACUGAAGUCACUGAGCACUUUGCGAGAUCAAACCCCAGAAGCCUAAAAAUCCUGGUGCUGUGUAGUUUAAAGACAGCAUUAAAUGCUGAAUGUAUACCCCCCGCAGUAGUAUGUCUGUGGAGCAUGCUGUGUAAUGCCCCUGGUACUGCAGCAAGCUUGCUUUUGCCAUUAAGUAGACUUUCCCUGAUGCUCACAUGCCAUCCAUUGUUUACAUUUUUCCUGAGCUGUGGUGCAUUUUACCUGUGUAAUAGAUGGAUAUAUAUGCCUGAAGGGGUGCUAGUUAACGUACCGGCAAGGCCACAGGAGCAUAUGCCCCCUCCUCAGCCCCCUCUGUACAUUUACUGCCUGCUGCCAUUUCAGAAAAGACUAGUGCUUUGGGGGGCCAACCUGGUACACUUUUCAGGGGCCCGGUUUUCAGAAGGUGGGUGUUCAGCACUUUCUGAAAUCCCAUUUAAGAGAUCUCCCAGUCACUAGACAUUUGAAAAUCUUGGUCAUAAUUUACAAUAAUUUUAAAAAAUCUCGGUAAGAUCUAAUUACAUAGUUCCAACUGGUGGUGCACCAGAUCUUGGAGGUGCUAUUGCCUGCCUCUGAUUUCUUUUCCUCUUUUUUUUUUUUUUUUGUUGCUUUUAAGUAUUUCUGUCUCUCUUUGGUAAGCCCAUGAGGCACUAUGUGAUCGUGGUGCCAGAAUUAUGAAUUGCAACUUAAAGGAAAAGUAAAUCAAAAUUGUGCGUUCGUCUAUUUUCCCUUUUCACUGAAUAAGCUGAUACCUAGGAGAUAUAUUCUUCUUUUUUCGUCUUUAGUUUUCCAUUCCUAGCUCGUUUCUGUAUGGUGCAGAAUGACCCCAGUUCCCUUCCAGUGCAGGGGGAGCUGAGAACACUCUGCACCUCACUGGAAAGGGCCCUAGCACACUAAAGCUAUGUCUACACUCACACUUUUCAGGAAAUCACCCACCCUUGCCCUAGUAAUGAUGGUAGCCUUAGUACAGACAGGCCAUUGGCAUUUUUACUACCAUGUUAUCUAACCCUGAAUGCUUUGCACUAGUGCACCCAUCAUUGUUACCACCCAGGGAUUUGCACCAGAGGGAGACUUCCCAGAAAGUGCUAAUGUAGACCAGGAUUAAGUAUCCUUCUUUUAGGCUAUUGCAAAAAUGUUCCCUUUCACUAAAGUUGCCAUUAUUAAUCAAAUAAACAAUUGCCAAGAAGGGGCAUCUGAUCCAGAUGCUAUCCCCAAGUGCAAAUAGGUGAAAGCCACUUCAUGCACUACUAACACAGGAAAUGCAAUGCUGGAAACAAGCUAAAACCUCUUUCAGUUGCACUGUUCCACAGAUGUUUGUCAAGUUGUACACUGGAAUGGAAGGUUCUCUCUGUAUUCUUGGUGAAGAAUAUAUAGGAAUACGGUACGGUACAAUGAAAUGUCAUCUUGGAAAACAUUAAAUAAUGAAACUGAUUCUUGUACUUUCCUUCUUACCAAACUGUGUAUGUCCACAGGUUUUUUUGCAACAGAUGUACUAAAAUUAAAUUACUGAUAAAAAAUAAAACCUAAUCUUGAUUUGAAGCUAA